AUGACGGCCCUGCAUGAGGCUGCUGCCAUCGGUGAUGCCCAGGCCCUUGAGUAUCUGCUACUGAGUGGUGAGGAAAAUCCAGACGGAGAGGAUUGGGACUGGGGGAAGAGAACGCCUUUGCACGUGGCAGCUGGGGCGGGGCACGUUGGUUGCGUUGAGAAGCUUCUGGAACAUGGAGCAGAUGGUGAGAUGCGCAUGGCAGGAGGAUGGACACCAGCUCAUUGUGCCGCUGAAUGUGGUAGUUUGGAAAUACUGCAGGCGCUUGUGGCCAAUGGAGUUAGCGUGACGAAAAAUGAUAACACUGGAGACACACCCAAACGAGUGGCUAUGAUUUAUGGACACAAGCAUUGCAUGGAUUUCAUUGAAAGGUUCUAAUUUCUUUUUCUUGUUAAUAGGACACGGCUAUAAAACACCUCUGUCAUUUACUUCCUGACAUGUAUGACUUGAUUCAAUGUAGUUCAGUUAAGUUUAAAUCAGGUUAUAAACGUCCACUAAGUUUUCUCAAUAGAAACAAGGAAAAAACAGUUAACACACUUUGUGUAUAUCUCGUUUUAGAUCUGAAAAACCUACUCGAGAAGGAGAAACAGGUGAAUCAGAGACGAAUUACUUGAGCAGGGCGAACACGCCUUCCACCAACCUCGACACCAUGGAGAGGAUAGAGACCGAGCUGGAGUCUGAGCAAGAAGAGAUCGUCAUCGAAGUCCAAGACACGGAAAAGUGGCCUUACAGCGAGCAAAGAGAACGUAGUCAUAAUUCACGGGUCAAGUUCCUAUUGACAUGA